UCAGUGUAAAAUUUAAGAUUUUGGUUGUGAUUUAUAUUAUCUCUUUUUUCGUUCUUUGCCCGCCGGUAAAAUUCCCAUGCCGUCAUCUUGAACUUGAUAUUUCGGCCAGUCUGACUCUUUCUUGAAAACUCUAUUCAGUUGACUCCGUAGAGUCGCCGCAACCCUUUCCACCGCAACUCCAGCAACGAUGGACACUGCAAACAGCCGAGAAACAACGCAGCAGCCACCACUCCGCGGCUUCAUCUUCCCUCUGCUAAGCCCAGGUCACAUGAUCCCUCUCAUCGACAUCGCCAAACUCCUCUCCCGCCGCGACGUCUCCCCCACAAUCAUCACCACCCCCGGCAACGAAUCCCUCGCCCGCCCGGCCAUCGACCGCGCCAAUUCAGACUCUUCUCCCACAGUCUCCCUCCCAAUUGAUCUCAUCCUCCUCCCUUUCCCUCCCUCCGCCACCGACCUACUCCCCCCUGGCAACCGCGAAAAUCUCACUAAACUCCCUCCCUUCCAUUUUUCUCACCUCAUGGCCGCUAUCCCCACCCUCCGCCCAUCUCUCCACGACCUUCUCUGCGUCCAUGAGAGUCUAGCCCUCAUUAACCCACUAGAGCACUUCUCCAAAGAUGACGCCCGUUCCAUUCUCAUUGACGAUCUCCCGUACCCCAUCGAGUUAACGAAACCGGAGAUUCACGAAAUCUUCAAUUUUCAGCCGACUCUUCAAUUGUUUAGAGAGGCCGAGGAGAAGAGCUUCGGAGUGGUGGUUAAUUCUUUCUAUGAGCUGGAACCGGCUUAUGUAGAUAUUUUUCGUAGCGGUCGGGCUGGUCGCCGAGCCUGGUUCGUCGGUCCGGUUUCAUUAUCUAAUCCGGAGGAUGAUAAAAUCGACAGUUCGAACCGGGGCAGCCAGGCACACCUGGACACGGCCCCACUGUUGAGUUGGCUCGACGCCCAGCCGGCCCGAUCCGUUGUAUACACCUGCUUCGGUAGUCUCUGCCAGUUCGAUGCGGCUCAGAUGCGGGAGACCGCGAUCGGGCUUGAGGCGAGCGGGCAACGGUUUAUAUGGGCCGUGAGGGAUUGGCAAGGGGCAGCGGCGGAGACGAUGGAGUGGCUGCCGGAGGGGUUUGAGGAGAGGGUGGAGGGGAAGGGGUGGGUGGUGAGGGGAUGGGCCCCGCAGAUAGCGAUACUUGGACACGUGGCGGUGGGUGCUUUCGUGACGCACUGCGGGUGGAACUCCACGCUGGAGGGCUUGGCGGCCGGGUUGCCGUUGGUGGCGUGGCCGUUGAUGUACGAGCAGUUUGUGAACGAGAGAUUGAUUACGGAGGUGUUGAAGGUGGGUGUGAGGGUGAGGAAGGGGGCGGCGGACGUGAAGGCGGCGGAGGUGGCGGGGGCGGUGAGGAGAGUGAUGGCUGAUGGUGAAGAGGCGGAGGGGUUUCGAAGGCGGGCGAGGGAGUUGGCGGCGUCCGCGACGCGAAGGCAGCUAUGGAGGUGGGUGGGUGUUCGUACGAGGAUGUUGGGCGGAUGGUGGAGGAAUUGA